GUUUAGGUGACCUUAUAUGGUCUUGAAAUUCUUACCAAGUGCACAGUCUAUUACAUUUCUGAAUUAGAGAACAUGGAAACUGACCCCACAAAGCGGAACCUGUCAAAACCAUGCAUGCAAGGAAAUAUCAGUUGAAGUCUGAAAUAGCUGGCGUGUGCAAUGAAGAGCCGGUUUGGUGUGUGUCAGCUCAUCUUCUUCCCUCUACUUCAUUAUAUUUUCAUCCCCACUAAUAUCACAUAUACUAAAUUUUCUUUUCUAUUUGUUCUCUCAAAUAAUGGAAAUAUUACCAAGAAAACCCGAUUCCGGUGGCAAACAGAAAACCCAAUUCCGAAUCACCACCAAGAAACUUUCUUACAAGCUAUCUCGCCGAGUGACUGAUCAUUAUCGGUUCUGUUCUGUUUACAAGAGAGAGGUUUCCCCAGGAGCAUACAUUUUGAAAAAUGUCACUUGCGAAGCUAAACCGGGUCACAUCUCCGCCAUAGCAGGUCCAAGCGGAGCAGGAAAGACAACGCUGCUGGAAAUACUCGGCGGAGUGGUACCGACGAAUAGAAUCUCCGGCCGUGUUCUGGUGAAUGAGCAGCCAAUGAAUGCUGAAUAUUUCAGGAGAGUUUCGGGAUACGUCACGCAAGACGAGGCCCUUUUCCCCCUUCUCAGUGUGGAAGAAACUCUCAUGUACAGCGCUCGUCUGCGAAUGCAUGGCGACCUCGAAAGGGCAAGAUAUAGAGUUGGGGAAUUGUUGAAGGAGCUUGGACUCGAACAAGUUGCAAAUGUCAGAAUCGGCAGCGAAUCGUGCCGAAGUAUUUCCGGGGGUGAGAAGCGUAGAGUCUCAAUCGGUGUCGAUCUGGUUCAUGAUCCAGCUGUUCUUUUACUCGACGAACCGACGUCGGGUUUGGACUCUGCCUCAGCUUUUCAUGUAACUUUGUUGCUCAAAUCCAUGGCUGCUAAACAAGGUAAGACCGUUUUGUUAACAAUCCAUCAACCCGGUUUCCGAAUUCUCGAGCUGUUCGAUCAGAUUCUGUUACUAUCAAAUGGGACUCUUCUUCACCGUGGAUCACUCCAACUCCUCGAACAGCGUCUUGGUUUUUUGGGCUAUACCAUUCCUCGGCAUGUUAAUGUCAUGGAGUUCGCCAUGGAAGUUACAGAAGCCCUUGUCAUGAAUAUUGAUCAAGAAAGUGAAAUGGAUGAAAGUGAACUAGAAGAGCAAUACGAGUACCUCCCCACGAAUCUAAUCCCGGAUAAUCUAUCAGAAAAUAAGCUGUUUUAUGCAAAUCCUCCAUUGAAUGAGGUUUUAAUACUGAGUCAGAGAUUCUCAAACAACAUUUUUAGAACCAAAGAGCUAUUUCUCGCAAGAAUAAUUCAGGCUAUUCUUGCUGGGUUCGUGCUCGGGACAAUUUUCAUGAAUGUUACAAAUGAUAAGAAAAGAGUCAAAUUUCAAACCCAUAUCGGAUUUUUCGCAUACAGCCUAACCUUCUUAUUGUCUUCCACAACAGAAGGUUUACCAAUUUACUUGCAAGAAAGGAGAAUACUAAUGAGAGAAACCUCAAGAGGAGCUUAUAGAGUUUCUUCUUAUGUUAUCUCAAACACUUUAGUGUUCCUUCCUUUCCUAUUAAUGGUUGCCAUUCUUUACACCAUACCGGUCUAUUGGUUAGUAGGAUUGAGAAGACAAAUAGAUGGGUUUCUCUAUUUCACAAUGGUUGUUUGGAUGGUCAUUUUGAUGUCGAACUCUUUUGUGGCUUGCUUUAGCGCUCUUGUCCAAAAUUUCAUUACAGGAACAUCUUUGGUGGCAGGGGUAAUGGGGUCUUUCUUUCUGUUUUCUGGGUAUUUCAUAACCAAGGAAGACAUACCAAAAUAUUGGAUUUUCAUGCACUAUUUGAGCUUGUUCAAGUACCCAUUUGAAUGCUUCAUGAUAAACGAGUAUGGAGGAGAGCAGGGGAGGAGUAGAUGCUUGGCUAGUGUUGAAGAUCAAUGCCUCUUGUACGGUGAUCAAUUUCUGACUCAGAAAGGUUUGAAAGAGUCACAGAAAUGGGGUAAUUUAAGUGUGAUGUUCGGUUUCAUAAUCGGGUACAGAUUUCUUUGUUUUCUGAUUCUGUGGUAUAGAUCUCGCAGAGCCAGAAGUUAGAAUCUGUUUUUAUAAACGGCAGCUAAAACGGAGAAAAAGAAUGGACCAAAGAGUUCCUUUCUUUUCUUUUCUUU